AUGGUGGGCCCACAGUACGACCUCGUCGGGAACCCCCUGGGCGCGGUGCGCACCACCUUCGAGAAGGCGGCGGCCGCCGCCGCGGCGGAGUCCGGAGGCCGCGACCCGGUGGCGGCGUUCCGGUCCAAGGACUGGGGUGCCAGCGAGGUCUUCCGCUCCUUCCUCUUCGACCAAGGCGGCAUCGACAAGGUUCCCCUGUUGGAUGCAUCAAAUCUCGGAUUGAUCAAACCGAACACCCUCGUUCGGUUCCGGGGAAUGGUUCAGGACAUGCUUGGAAAUGAGUUCUACGCUGGGGCGUUCAAGGAUGGUUCUACCUGGAGGACGAACAAGUUCACAGAUUUCUCACCAUUUGCAAUGCCGCACCCGUGUGAUUCACAUCUCUGGGAGCGCCACCUCUUCCACUGUGUGCCUGUUCCUGGGCAGAAUUCCUGGACACUGGAGUCUACCCCUGGACCUGACUUGCGCCAAAUGUCAAGCUGCAUGUCACCUGAACAAAGGGAGAAAAGGAAGAGGGAUGGGGAUGAUGAUAUCAUGGAUGUUUCAGAAAAUGGUAAUGGUGAGAGUUCAUCCAGUAAAAAACCGAAGGAAGAUGGCAUCCAGAUCUCAUCUAACUCAGCAGAAAUGCCAGCAACUGAAGCUGUGCCAGAGAUGAAUGGGAAUGAUCAUCAUAUUCCUGGAAGCUCUUUUUCAUGUCUUGUGAAGAUCUAUGAUAUGCCUGAAAGUCAAGUCAAGCUAAACGAUGUGGCUGAGUUCAUAGGGGUAUAUACAUUUGACCCAGAACUUGCUGCUCCCAAGGAUAAUUCGGAUGAUAUAAUGUUUGACCUCAUAGAAGAUGUAACAGCUCAGCUGCCUCCCAGCAAGGUGCCCCGUCUUCACUGUUUGUUAUUGCGAAAAUUAUCAUCUCAAGAUUUUCUAGCAAAGCAACCUGUUGAGCCUUUACCAAGUCUAUUAAAAGGCAUCAGACAAUCUUUGCUCUCGCAUCUCACUCAGCUACUAGGGAAUGAUGACCUUGCAGCUCAAUGUUUGCUGUUGCAUCUUCUAUCCAGACUUCGUACUCGGGUGGAUGUUGUCACCGUUGGCAGGCUCUCCUUGAAUUUCACUGGAUUUAACAGAGAAAGUGCUUCCAUUUUUGGAAACCAGCUAAAUACUUUGAUCCAGAGACUAGUGCCAUAUUCUCAAGCUAUUCCUCUGUCAAUUGAGUAUCUCAACACAACCACACUUCAACCUAGAAAGGAUAACAAAUCAGGAAGGUUGGUCACAGGAGUUCUGCAGCUACCUCAGGGCACUCACUUGACAUUUGAUGAGACUAUCAUGCAAUCUGGAUCUUUGACAUCUAAAGGUGUUGAGAAUACCAUGCUGCUCAAGAACUUGAUGGAGUCACUGAUGGUUGAGUAUGAUUUUGAGUACUACAAGCUGGAGAUGGCAACUGAUGUGCAGAUGCUUACUCUCUCUGAAGGAAAAUCAAACAUCCUGCCUUCUGACUUGGUAGUGCCUUUUCGUCCAUCCACCGUUCCUGCAGUGACUGCAACUCCUGAGGAACUUGAGAGUUGGAGAUGGUACUUGGCCACAGUUAGGUCUCUUCCUCAGUCAAAUGAACCUGAGAUUUUGCAGACGAUCCAAGAUGAAAUGGUCAAUGCCAUGCGUGAAGAUAGGGGCUUGGGUUGCUCUGAACUUAGCAGAUGGCUAACAAUGGCGCAGAUAACAGCUUCAAGCUUUGGUGAGAAGAGCCUUUCAAUGGAGCACUGGCAGAUGGUGAAGGAGCUGGAGAGGCUUAGGAAACAGAGGAUGCAAUGAGAAGAUAUCUCAUUAGCACAUGAAUGUGCAAACUCCACUUGUGGUAGUAGCCUGAUGCUAUGUGUGUAUAUAUCUCUAGUGACCCAAAUCACAAGACAUGCAUCUGCAACAUUAUCUGUAAUUCUAUGGAUGCCAUUGGCAACUUAAUCAAG